GAAAAACGCAGAGAGCUGAAAUUUGAUGGGCGCCUAGAAAAAGAGCUUUCUGAAGGCCAUGCGUUUCUGAUGGCUGAUCGAACUCAGAUCCAAAGCAUAUGUGAAAAGGGGCUGCAGGUGGGCCACUCCAAAAUAACAAUUCUUGGCAGCCCGUCCAUGGGUGUGUAUAUCUCCAGGUAUGCUGAUUUACUGCAGCCUAAUCCCCUAGAAUCUGGAGCAACGGGAGAUGUCAUUAUUUUUAAAAUAAUAAAGGGAAAAAUGAAAAGCGUGUAUGACCACAUGGGGAUGAAAGCAAUGGACUCGGCAGUGAAGAGUGCGUUAGAUCCCACACCAAAGCACGAGUGUCACGUUUCAAAGAAUGCAAAUAAAAUAACCUCCCUGUUGGCUUAUCGAGCCUAUGAACUUACUCAGUACUAUUUCUAUGAAUACAGCUUUGAUGAGAUAAGGCGAAGACCAAGACAUGUGUGUCCUUACGCUGUGGUUUCGUUCACUUACAAAGAUGAAAUGGUGCAAGUACCAAAAUUCUUCCCCCCAUCAAGAUCAAACAGCUUCAAAAUAGAUAGAAGUACAGAUAAAUUUAACUAUACGUUAUGGAGGGGACAGCUUUGGAAUAAAGGCAAACUGCUGUGCCACGUUUCCUUGAAAUCAACAGCACGUCUUUUCCUUCCAUGCAAGCUUCCUGAGAAGCUUGAGGUUGAAAAAGUUGUGAGCAUUGAUCAGCUGAAGAAAAGAAUUUCACCAGCGCUGUUCUAUAAAGAAACUUACCUAGGAGCAAAGGAAGUGUUGAAGAACGGCAUGUACUGUAGCCUUUACGAAGUUGUGGAGAAUUCCCGUUCUGGUGGUCACUUGGAGGGAUUGCUUCAAAAACUGGAGAAAGAGAAACUUGUUCUUGUGAAACCACUUCUGGACAGAGGGUUUCUUUUUCUUCUUUCUCCUUGGCAAAUGAUAUCCCCUUAUGACCACCAAACUGCGCGCCCCUUCAUGCUACAUGCACUGUUUCUCUUUCCAGAACCUAGAGGUGUCAUAAGCUCGGCACAAAGACAUGUUCCAUUUGGAACACAGAAAAGUUCAACUGCCACGGUGUUGCGCACAAGUCAGGACAUCAUUCCAGAAUUCUCCAAGUUUAUUCAGUGUCUCCAUUUUGCUUUAAUGCAGUCCCGUAAAGAAAACACUGGAGAUGUCAGUGCUGCAGUGGAAAAGUAUAUAAAUGAGUAUUUGAAAAAAGGCUGUAAUGGCUCUGGAAAAUUUAGAGAAUUUGUUCUAUACCAGUAUGAGUCCUGGUUGGAUGACAAAAAAUUUCUUCAUGCUGCUCCAAAAAAUAAAUCCCAUAUUGACAGCUUCUUGCAGAACUAUAUUUUCCGUUGUGAGGCGUACCAGCUGCCUGUUGCUAGAGCUAAGAUACUGAUGGAGGGAAAUCGGAGACUUCGGCAGUUCAGUCCCAUCUCCGAUUAUGAAGCCAUGGAAGACUCCGGUUUUGCCAUCACGAAAAGCGGGAAAAGAUUCCAUGCAAAGUACGAAGGCGUUGCAGCCAAGCGGAAGCUGCCUCAUUCUGGAGACUAUGAUCCCGAUAGAUUCAAAGUACUUAUUAACUUAAUCCAGUGUAGAAAAAAAAAUGCAGGUGGAGAUUCUGAUCCUGAAGACCUUAGAAGUAAAAGUGGUCUGAAGAGGAAGCUGGAAAAACAAUCUGAAAGUUUGCGGAAAUACUUAAAAAUGAGUGAAUCUUCGGAGAGCAGUGGUAGAACCUCGGAUUUGCCACACUCCAUUUUCUCAAUGCAUACUGGUUAUGGGGGACACGAUACUGACUUGAGGCAGCAAGAUGUGUCCGACCCUGCCGUUACCGACACGCACGGCCUCAUUAAAGUGCUGUUGGAAACACUAGCUACUGCAGGACACUUGGAUUCGUCAAUGGCACAGUCUAUAGGUCAAGCAUUAAGAUUAAGCACUGAUGAAAUGGAAGAGGAUAUGAGACAGAAUUACGACUAUGAAUCCAUUCCAGUGCAGGACAGUGAUGAUCACGAGCUUCCUAACACUGCUCAGGCUGAAAAUACUAACUUUAAGGACCCACAGAGCCCAGUGAUACUGGGAAGUGAUGCAGCUUGCUUAUCCUACCCUGUCAGCGUUGAUCUGCAGCUUUCAGCCAACGAAGUCGGCCUGGAGCACACGCUACAUUUAAAAGAAGCAAGCACUGGAGCUGUGAGUAGUUUUGAAGACUACAGUCUCUAUCCUAGUACAACUAUAGAGCAUGUUUAUCGCAGGCAACAUUUCAACUCAAAUAAUAUCGAAGCUGGAAUGCACUGGAAACUUAUUCCGAUUACAGGUCUGAAAUCACCAGAAGAACCACUGGUGUGUUUACCGCCAAAGGAUGCCUUUCCUAAUGACCCCCGGGUAAUAAAUAGACAGAGAAGUUCUUAUUAUCAGUUUCCAUACUCUCCAUUUUCAGACACACAAAAGGGGACAGCAGAAGAUGGACUUUAUACAAGACAAGUGGAGAAACGUCAAGAUCAGUGUGGGCUGGGAGAUCAGCCUGUUACAGCUAAGCAUUCCAUUAGUGCCAUAAUAGAGACCAUUCUCUUAGAAGAAUAUAAUCUCUUUGCAAGAAAGAUUCAGGAGAUCUUGCAGCAAAAGAAUAUCGCUUAUGUUAGCGGUAUGUCCACACCGGUCUUCUCUGCCCGAGAGAGGAUAAUGAGACUUUCUGAAUACUUCUGUUUGCAGGCAUCAGAGGUUUCUGUCCAAGAAUACAUCGAAACGCUGAGUGAAAAGUUGAAUAGUGUUAUUUUGUCCUCUUCGUACAUUAGGCACACUGCCCCCCUUCAUUCUAGCCCGGAGUCAGCAGGGGCGGUUAGGAACGCUGCCCUGAAUUCCCCGCCCAAGACGUUACCUGUUAGCAAGGACUCUGACGUGGCAGCGGCCUCAGAGCCGCUGUGCAGUAACGUGGUGAAGGAUGCGGAGCCUAGCGAGCAGCAUUCGUCAAACGUCCCUUCAGUGAAGGAGGAAGACGACCGCCCACAGCCUAAACCAGAGGAGGUGUUGCCAUCUGACCCGACCUCCUCCAGCGGGGAUGUGAUGGAGCCACCCGAAAACACACCGAAAUCCACAGACAACUCCAACAUUUCAACCCAGCCAGGCUUUUCCGUUUUAAUAAGCCAGAUAAAACCUGAAGUAUUUAACAGUUUGGUCAAAAUUAUUAAAGAUGUACAGAAAAACACUGUGAAAUUUUAUAUUCAUGAAGAGGAGGAAAGCAUUCUCUGUAGAGAAAUCAAGGAGUACCUUACGAAGUUAGGUAACGCAGAGUGCCAUCCUGAACAGUUCCUGAAAGGAAGAGCUGCUCUAGAUAAACUGCUGAUAAUUAUCCAAAACGAAGACAUCGCCAGCCUCAUCCAUAAGAUACCUGCCUUAGUAACUUUGAAGAGGCUUUCUUGUGUCAGCUUUGCGGGCGUUGAUAGCUUGGACGAUGUGAAAAAUCACACGUACAAUGAACUGUUUGUGUCCGGUGGUUUUGUUGUGUCGGAUGAAUCUGUCCUGAAUCCAGAGUCCAUCACCACGGAUAAACUUAAACAGUUCUUGAAGUUUCUGGAGGAUCUCAGUACUCCCGAUGGGAAAUGGCAGUGGAAAGUCCACUGCAAAAUCCAAAAAAAGCUUAAAGAGCUGGGGAGGAUGAAUACGAAUGCCCUCAGCCUGCUGACCCUCCUGAAUUCCUAUCAGAAGAAGCACUUGGUUGAGAUUCUGUCGUACCAUAACUGCGAUUCUCAGACUCGAAAUGCUCCAGAAUUAGACUGCCUCAUCCGGCUCCAGGCUCAAAACAUACAGCAGAGACAUGUCGUCUUCCUGACGGAAAAGAACCUCAAAACGCUUUCCAGUUACGUGGAUAACGGAAUAGUGGUCGCCACUGUUGAUGACUUCAUGCAGAACUUCAGGAGUCUGGUUGGGUACCACAACUCGGUCACGGCAGAAGGCAGCCUUCCUCCCGCCGAGGCUCCCAGAAAACAAUCAGUUCUUGUAGAAAACGUUGAAAAGGAGGAGGAGGAGGAGGAGGACAUGUCUCUGGAUUCAGGGGAUGAAACGUCACCAAUAGAAAUCUGCAGUGAUUCCUCUAAAUAUGAUACUCCUUUGGAAGCUUUGCAGACCGAGGCCAAGGGCUCCCAUGGAGCAGGAGCAGGAGUGGAAGGCAGCUGCUUGCCAGUGACAGCAUUCCCUGCUGAAGCACCGGCCAGCUCGAUGGACAAGACCUCUAAAAUGGACUUGGAAGAGAUCCAGCCUAUUAUUCCAGUUUCUACAACAUGCUCCGCUGUAGGAGAGAAACCCCGUGCAGUUGACGAAGCUCCGUUCAGUAACUUCCAGGUUUAUAGCACACAACUCAACAUGUCCCAUCAGUUCAGUCACUUCAACGUCCUCACUCAUCAGACCUUCCUGGGCACGACCUACCCCAUUGCCUCCGUCAGCCAGAACCAAGAGGGAGCAAAUUAUUUCCUAUCUGCUUACAGCCAGAGCAUGGAAACAGAAAAGUCGGCAUCGCCUGGUGGCUGGGCGAUGUGA